CAUCCCACCACCACAUUCAACCUCGCCUCGCUCUCUGCAUCCAGCAUGCCCGCACACGAGCAUCUCGGCUACCAGAACCCGGUCAUUCCCGUCGACUCGCCUGACCCAGGCGUCUUCUACGACGAGGCCAGCAGCACGUGGUACGCGUACGCCACGAAUGGCAACGGCAAGAACAUCCAGGUGUUCAGCUCUAAGGACUUUUGCUCCUGGGACUCUGACCACGAGGACGCGCUGCCCGGUCCGUUUCCCGACUGGAUCCGCGAGGGCGGCUGGUGGUGGGCGCCUGAGGUAAUUCGCGCACCGGGCGGACGACCAGGCUAUCUGAUGUACACGACGUGCGGCAUCAAGGCGAUCGACGGACAGGGCAUCUGCACUGCAUACUCCGAGAGUCCACUGGGCCCCUUCAAGCUGGUUGGAGAUGGCCCGCUCGUCGACAUCCCCAGCGGCUCUCUCGAUGCGCAGCCGUUUGAGAACCCGCAGGAGAACGGCAAGCGCUACCUCGUGUACAAGAACGACGAGGACGGACAGAUGUACACGAAGAAGACACAGCUCUGGAUCCAGCCGCUGACCGAGGAUGGCCUGCGCUUCGAGGGCCCGCGCAAGCCGCUGCUUGCGCCGACGAUGGAGUGGCAGCACGGCCUCCUCGAGGGCCCGUAUCUCACGUACCACGCGCCGAGCCGUACGUACACCCUCUUCUACUCCUCCGGCACCUUCACAACAGGCGGCUACGCGAUCGGCUACGCCAAGUCCUCGUCGAUGUUCGGGCCCUACAAAGCCUCAGACCACCCCUUCCUCUGGACCGACGAGCAGCGCGGCGUGCUGGGUCCGGGCGGCCAGUGCAUCGUGCGCGGCGUUGAGGGGCACGACUUCCUCGUAUUCCACUCGCUGACGCACUUCGAGGGCCCGCGACACAUGUGUGUGCAUCGUCUCGAAUGGGGCAACGACGGCACGCCGAUCUUGCCUGGCCGGCCGCAGCUGAACAAGCGCUUACGCCUCGGCGCUGAGGCGGAGGAUGACGACCAGGGUGGCAAGCCGUGUCCGCUGCCGAAGGAGCACUAUGGAGGAGGAGGCAAGGAGCCGAAGGACAGAGCGCGCGAGUAUGCCAAGAAGGGCGUUGGCGCUCUGGCGAGCUGGGCAAAGAAGCAGCUCUAGAAC